AUCGAAAAGUGUACAACUUAAUAAGCGAUCAUUUGCGAGUCUGAUGCCGACAGCGAAAAAAAAGGAUGUUCUUAUUGCAGUGAUUUAUGCUAAUUUCAGGUAAUACAACGAGAAACCGCGAGUAUUUUCGCGAGAUCGUGGUGCUCAUUACAGAAGAGAGAGAGGAAGAAAAAAGUUCGCGAAAACGAAUGCUCUUAAGUCGAUUUAGUUAAAACGGAUUUGUGAAAAGUUGUGGUUUGCAGACCGGGCAAUCGAGCUAAAGAGAGGCGAAGAAUCGUCGUAAUCGGAAAGUGCAUUCAACGACGGUGAUCAAAUGAAAUUAGCGGAAAACGUCUGAUCAAGUCUCGAGCGGCAAAUUGAAGGGAAGAGCGCAAUUGAGUGUGCCGAGUUGAAGCAUUAGUGAAGUGAUAAUUGGUUGUUCGCAAUUAAGCUGGGGAGUAGUUGUUGCACCAGUUUGAAUCAGAGUGCUGUAGAUAGACGGAGCUUUGGCCUGGGAAAUCGCAUUGGAGGAGAUUGAUGUGAUGCAUUUAGAGCUGAGCAUUAAAUGUGACCAGUGAUUCAGAUACGUUUUAUCGGAUUAAUGCUAUUACUGCGAAAGGAUUAAGAUAGUGGAUGCUGUAGGGAGAGCUGUUUUAAAAAGCAGAUAUCCCGGGCGCGCGCUCACAGUCGCGACAUCAAAUCAACACCAGCAGAUACAUCAAACGCGGAGAAGGCGGAGGUAGGCGUCCAGCAUUCACGAUUUCAUCUGUCCGGUGCCCACCCAAACAGAAAUUGUGGCCCAACUUUGUCACUUUGCGCGCGCGUUCACAUCAAAACCUGUCCUCGGUCCUCACAACUGCUGUAACGACGACAAUAACAGGCUUACAACCACAAUAACCACCGUGAAAACGACGACGGCUUCCCCAGGCAGAACCUGAACAAAACUGAGCGAAAUUAAAAUUGUUAAACCGGGAUACCAAAGAAGUUUCGAAGAAGUUGUGGAGACUCGACAAAUCGAGCGAAUAAAAACAAAAGGCCAGCGCGCGCGAAUUCCAAACGACAUUUUCCCUCGAAAAUUGAAUAAAUACAAGGCACCGCAUGACCCCCUCCAUCGCCACCACCGGCCAAGUCCCCGGAUCGGAAGAGAACCAGUUCCGCGUUGGGCCGUCGAUGCGAAGCUGACAUGGUGACAUGUUGCUGCCAGACCAAACGUACGAGCAGGCCAACAGCAACCAACAACAGCAACAACUCCAGCAGCAGAAGCAUCAUCAGGACUACUUACGACGAUCAUAUGAUGAAUUCAACCGAAUCAUCGAUCUGAAAGAAAUCGAUGUCAAGCGGUUGCAGCGCAACAUUUUCGACAGCGGCGUCGUGGCCGAGGGCGAGGAGGGACGGGAGGUUCGCCCGGAAGAAGGGCGGAUCCCGCAGCAGAGAACUGCUCCAGCGGACGACGACUUUGUGGUGCUGACGAAUAAUGAGAUGAAAUUUUGUCAGGCCAGCCGUGGAAGUGGUGGUGGCAGCAGUGGCGUGCCAGACACGGCCAGCGGUGGGGGUGGCAGCGGCCAGCGGAGUCCCCAGGGUGGUGGCGGUUCCGGGACCAAAGAGGACACGGACAGUGCCAUUUGGAGCAGCGCGCGGGAACAAUGCCCGAAGCUGGGGAACAAUGGUGGAACCCCGAAUGAUUCGCGAACGCCCACCCGAAGUAGCAGCAGCCGGAGUCCCGAGGAGGGUUGGAAGGGACGGCCACGGUCGUCUACGGCUGCGUCCUGGCAUCAACGACGAAAGGCCCAUCAACAGGGCCGGGAACGUCGGCGAAGACCUGCCAGCAGCUGCAGCAGUGACUACAGCAGUGAUGGUGAUCUCCAGACGGACCUCGGCAGUGGGAGCAGCCUGGAGGAGGAGGACGAUGACGGGGUGCAGUUUGAGGAACCAAACGAUUACGACAAGACGUCGGACUUUUUCAACAACAUUCCGGAGUUUCACGGGGAAUCGCUGGGGCCGUUUAGUUUGCAGAGCCAAAAGCAGAACGAGCUGACGAACAUCCGCACCAACAUCGACAUCCUGCGGGCGUGCGAGCUGUUUCUGAUGCGGAACCGCAUCCGGCCGGACUUUUUCUGCAAGUACAAGAAAGUCGUGAAUGCCUCCGUUUCGGCCCCACCCUCUUUUCCACUGUCCGGCUCCGUGAGGACACCCGUGGACAGCAAACCCAAAAGUGUGUCCCCGUCGACGUUACGACGACCCCCGCCACCUGCAGAACGUCGCCUGAGUCAGCAUCAACCGCCACAACAACAACCCCCAGGGGUCCGUCAGACUUCACCUCCACCACCCCCACCCUCGUCUCAACCUCCGGCAGCGCCCUCCACCAAGGAUGGUCCGACGGUGCCCAUCUACAGCGUCCCGAAUCGGGCCGGCAAAAGGAGACGAUUUAUUGCCACCGUCAAUACCGGUAAGUAG